AUGAUUUUGAAGGUUGCUUUAUUUCUAGAAGAAAUCGUAUCAUCAUUUGUCAUUAAUACGAAUACAGCCAUGAAAUAUAUCCUAGUAACCGGUGGGGUGAUUAGUGGCAUUGGUAAAGGAAUUAUCUCAUCAAGCAUUGGCACAAUACUGAUUUCUCAUGGAUUUCGUGUAACAUCGAUUAAGAUUGAUCCAUACAUUAAUAUCGAUGCAGGCACCUUUUCUCCGUACGAACAUGGAGAAGUAUUUGUACUUGAUGACGGCGGUGAAGUUGAUUUAGAUCUGGGUAAUUACGAGCGAUUUCUUGGUAUAACAUUACAUCGAGAUAAUAAUAUAACAACGGGAAAAAUAUAUCAAUAUGUUAUUGAAAAAGAAAGACGUGGAGAUUAUCUCGGAAAAACUGUCCAAGUUGUGCCACACAUAACAGAUGCGAUUCAAGAAUGGGUUGAACGUGUCGCCCGAAUAUCUGUUGAUAAUGAUACAGCUGAACCCGAUAUAUGUAUUAUCGAACUUGGUGGUACCAUAGGUGAUAUUGAAAGUAUGUCAUUCGUUGAGGCAUUCCGACAAUUUCAAUUUCGUGUGAAGAGAGAAAACUUUUGUGUUGUUCACGUCAGUCUUGUUCCACAACCAAACUCGACUGAAGAACAUAAAACUAAACCUACACAGCAUAGUGUCAAAGAACUUCGUGGUUACGGUCUAUCACCGGAUCUUAUCAUUUGUCGAUCAACAACUCCAAUGCCCCUAUCGGCAAAAGAGAAAAUCUCGAUGUUUUGUCAAGUGGAAAAAGAUCAUGUUAUUUGUAUGCCUGAUGUGAAGACACUAUAUCGCGUUCCGUUGAUAUUAGAAGAAAAUAGUGUUUUCGAUUUUUUGUCAACACGCCUUAGUCUUACGGAAAAAACGAAUUAUGAUCAAUCGUUUAUGAUCAAAUGGCGUGAUUUAAUCGAAAGAAGUGAACGUCAUCUUGAUGAAGUCGUCAUUGCUCUAGUAGGCAAGUAUACAGCUUUGGAAGAUGCGUAUGCGUCGGUUCUCAAAGCCUUAAAUCAUGCCGCAUUGUUCUGUCAUCGAAAAUUGAAAGUUCGAUUCGUUCACGCAACAGAUUUAGAAGCAAAUACGAAAAAAGACGACCCUGUUAAGUUUCACGAAGCAUGGCAAAAUCUAUGUAGUGCACAUGGUGUUCUUGUCCCCGGCGGUUUUGGUUCAAGAGGUGUAGAAGGGAAAAUAGCUGCGAUCGAAUGGGCAAGAACAAAAUCUAAACCAUUCCUCGGUAUUUGUCUUGGUCUACAGUGCGCAGUGAUCGAAUUCGCAAGACAUGUUUUACAGUAUAAAGAUGCCCAUUCAGCAGAAUUCGAUAAGACUGAACAUGAAGUGGUAAUUGAAAUGCCUGAGCAUAAUACUGGUUAUUUGAUAGGUACGAUGAGAUUAGGCCGACGAACAACUCAUUUUGUCACUGAUGAUAGUAUUGUUAAGAAACUAUAUGGAAAUGUUGAUUCGAUUGAUGAACGCCAUCGUCAUCGAUACGAGGUGAAUCCAAAAUACAUUGAAGAAUUUGAAAAAGCAGGCAUGAAAUUUGUUGGAAAAAGUGAUGAUAAUGAACGAAUGGAAAUACUUGAACUUGAGAAUCACCCUUAUUUUGUUGCUGUUCAAUAUCAUCCGGAAUACAUUUCACGACCAUUGAAACCAUCAGCACCCUAUUUAGGACUAAUCUGGGCUGCGUCUGGCGAAUUGAAAAAUGUUCUUACACAUGUCGAUAAAGCAGAACCAUCACCGGAUACGCCGUUGAAAUCUCCUGGGCCUUUCUCUCAUGUGAAUCUGUUUCGUCAUGCAUGA